AUGUAUGUUACUGGCGGUGAGGACAAUGUUCCUGGCGGUGACGACAAGGUUCCUGGCGGUGAGGACAAGCUUCCUGGCGGUGAGGACAAUGUUCCUGGCGGUGAGGACAAGAUUCCUGGCGGUGAGAACAAGGUUUCAGACGGUGAGGACAAGGUUUCUAGGGGUGAACACAAGGUUCCUGGCGGUGAGGACAAGGUUGCUGCAGGUGAGGACAAUGUUACUAGCGGUGAGGACAAUGUUCCUGGCGGUGAGGACAAGGUUCUUGGCGGUGAGGACAAGGUUCCUGGCGGUGAGGACAAGGUUCCUGGCGGUGAGGACAAGGUUCCUGGCGGUGAGGACAAAGUUCCUGGCGGUGAGGACAAGGUUUCUGACGGUGAAGCCAAGGUUUCUGAUGGUGACGACAAGGUUUCUGGCUGUGAGGACAAGGUUCCUGGCGGUGAGGAGAAGGUUCCUGGCGGUAAGGACAAUGUUACUGGUGGUGAGGAGAAUGCUCAUGGCGGUGAGGACAAUGUUUCUGACGGUCAUGACAAGGUUCCUGGCGGUAAGGACAAGGUUCCCGGCGGUGAGGACAAGCUCCUGGCGGUGAAGACAAGGUUCCUGGCGGUGAGGACAAGGUUACUGGCGGUGAGGACAAGGUUCCUGGCGGUGAGGACAAUGUUCCUGGUGGCGAGGACAAGGUUCCCGGCGGCAAGGACAAUAUUCCUGGCGGUAAGGACAAGGUUACUGGAGGUGAGAACAAGGUUCCUGGCGGUGAGGACAAGGUUCGUGGCAGUGAGGACAAGGUUCCUGGUGGUAAGGACAAGGUUCCUGGUGGUGAGGACAAGGUUACUGGCGGUGAGGACAAUGUUCCUGCCUGUGAGGACAAGCUUCCUGGCGGUGAGGACAAGGCACCUGGCGGUGAGGACAAGAUUCCCGGCAGUGAGGACAAGCUUCCUGGCGGUGAGGACAAGGUUCCUGGCGGUGAGGACAAGCUUCCUGGCGGUGAGGACAAGGUUCCUGGCGGUGAGGACAAGGUUCCUGGCGGUGAGCACAAGGUUCCUGGCGGUAAGGACAAGGUUCCUGGCGGUCAAGACAAGGUUUCUAGAGGUGAGGACAAGGUUUCUAGCGGUGAGGACAAGGUUCCUGGCGGUGAGAACAAGGUUCCUGGUGGUGAGGACAAGGUUACUGGCGGUGAGGACAAUGUUCCUGGCGGAGAGUACAAGCUUCCUGGCGGUGAGGACAAGGUUUCAGACGGUGAGGACAAGGUUCCCGGCGGUGAGGACAAGCUUCCUGGCGGUGAGAACAAGGUUCCUGGCGGUGAGAAGGUUCCCGGCGGUGAGGACAAGGUUCCCGGCGGUGAGGACAAGGUUUCCGGCGGUGAGGACAAGGUUCCCGGCGGUGAGAACAAGGUUCCUGGCGGUGAGGAGAAGGUUCCUGGCGGUGAGGACAAGGUUCUCGGGGGUUAGGACAAGGUUCCUGGCGGUGAGGACAAGCUUCCCGGCGGUGAGAACAAGGUUCCUGGCGGUGAGGAGAAGGUUCCUGGCGGUGAGGACAAGGUUCCCGGCGGUGAGGACAAGUUUCCCGGCGGUGAGAACAAGCUUCCUGGCCGUGACGACAAGGUUCCUGGCGCUGAGGACAAGGUUCCUGGCGGUGAGGCCAAGUUUCCUGGCGGUGAGGACGAGGUUCUUGGCGGUGAGGACAAUGUUUCUGACGGUGAAGACAAGGUUGCUGGCGGUGAGGACAAGGUUCCUGGCGGUGAGGGCAAGGUUACUGGCGGUGAGGCCAAUGUUCCUGGCGGUGAGGACAAGGUUCCUGGCGGUGAGAACAAGCUUCGUGGCGGUGAGGACAAUGUUUCUUACGGUGAGGCCAAGGUUCCUGGCGGUGAGGUCAAGGUUCCUGGCGGUGAACACAAGGUUCCUGGCGGUAAGGACAAGGUUCCUGGCGGUGAGGACAAGGUUGCUAGCGGUGAGGACAAGGUUUCUAGCGGUGAGGACAAGGUUCCUGGUGGUGAGAACAAGGUUCCUGGCGGAGAGUACAAGCUUCCUGGCGGUGAGGACAAGGUUUCAGACGGUGAGGACAAAGUUCCCGGCGGUGAGGACAAGCUUCCUGGGGGUGAGAACAAGGUUCCUGGCGGUGAGAAGGUUCCUGGCGGUGAGGACAAGGUUCCCGGCGGUGAGGACAAGGUUCCCGGCGGUGAGGACAAGCUUCCUGGCGGUGAGCACAAGGUUCCUGGCGGUAAGGACAAGGUUCCUGGCGGUCAAGACAAGGUUUCUAGAGGUGAGGACAAGGUUUCUAGCGGUGAGGACAAGGUUCCUGGCGGUGAGAACAAGGUUCCUGGUGGUGAGGACAAGGUUACUGGCGGUGAGGACAAUGUUCCUGGCGGAGAGUACAAGCUUCCUGGCGGUGAGGACAAGGUUUCAGACGGUGAGAACAAGGUUCCCGCAGGUGAGGACAAGCAUCCUGGCGGUGAGAACAAGGUUCCUGGCGGUGAGAAGGUUCCCGGCGGUGAGGACAAGGUUCCCGGCGGUGAGGACAAGGUUUCCGGCGGUGAGGACAAGGUUCCCGGCGGUGAGAACAAGGUUUCUGGCGGUGAGGAGAAGGUUCCUGGCGGUGAGGACAAGGUUCUCGGGGGUGAGGACAAGGUUCCCGGCGGUGAGGACAAGCUUCCCGGCGGUGAGAACAAGGUUCCUGGCGGUGAGGAGAAGGUUCCUGGCGGUGAGGACAAGGUUCCCGGCGGUGAGGACAAGGUUCCCGGCGGUGAGAACAAGCUUCCUGGCCGUGACGACAAGGUUCCUGGCGGUGAGGACAAGGUUCCUGGCGGUGAGGCCAAGGUUCCUGGCGGUGAGGACGAGGUUCUUGGCGGUGAGGACAAUGUUUCUGACGGUGAAGACAAGGUUGCUGGCGGUGAGGACAAGGUUCCUGGCGGUGAGGGCAAGGUUACUGGCGGUGAGGCCAAUGUUCCUGCCGGUGAGGACAAGGUUCCUGGCGGUGAGAACAAGCUUCGUGGCGGUGAGGACAAUGUUUCUGACGGUGAGGCCAAGGUUCCUGGCGGUGAGGUCAAGGUUCCUGGCGGUGAACACAAGGUUCCUGGCGGUAAGGACAAGGUUCCUGGCGGUGAGGACAAGGUUGCUAGCGAUGAGGACAAGGUUUCUAGCGGUGAGGACAAGGUUCCUGGUGGUGAGAACAAGGUUCCUGGCGGAGAGUACAAGCUUCCUGGCGGUGAGGACAAGGUUUCAGACGGUGAGGACAAGGUUCCCGGCGGUGAGGACAAGCUUCCUGGCGGUGAGAACAAGGUUCCUGGCGGUGAGAAGGUUCCUGGCGGUGAGGACAAUGUUCCCGGCGGUGAGGACAAGGUUCCCGGCGGUCAGGACAUGGUUCCUGGCGGUGAGGAGAAGGUUCCUGGCGGCGAGGACAAGGUUCCCAGCGGUGAGGACAAGGUUCCCGGCGGUGAGGACAAGCUUCCCUGCGGUGAGGACAAGGUUCCCGGCGGUGAGGACAAGGUUCCUGGCGGUGAGGACAAGGUUCCUGGCGGUGAGGACAAGGUUCCUGGCGGUGAGGACAAGGUUCCUGGCGGUGAGGACAAGGUUCCUGGCGGUGAGGACAAGGUUCCUGGCGGUGAGGACAAGGUUCCUGGCGGUGAGGACAACGUUCCUGGCGGUGAGGACAAGGUUCCUGGCGGUGAGGACAAGGUUCCUGGCGGUGAGGACAAGGUUCCUGGCGGUGAGGACAAGGUUCCUGGCGGUGAGGACAAGGUUCGUGGCGGUGAGGACAAGGUUCCUGGCGGUCAGGAUAAGGUUCCUGGCGGUGAAGACAAUGUUCCUGGUGGUGAGCACAAGGUUCCUUGGGGUACGGACAAGGUUCCUGGCGUUGAGGACAAGGUUUCUAGCGGUGAGGACAAGGUUCUAGCGGUGAGGAGAAGGUUCCUGGCGGUGAGGACAAGGCUCCUGGUGGUGAGGACAAGGUUCCUGGCGGUGCGGACAAGGUUACUGGCGGUGAGGGGAAGGUUACUGGCGGUGAGGACAAUGUUCCUGCCGGUGAGGACAAGUGUACUGGCGGUAAGGACAAGGUUCGUGGCGGUGAGGGCAAGGUUACUUGCGGUGACGACAAGGUUCCCGGCGGUGACGACAAGGUUCCUGGCGGUGACGACAAGGUUCCUGACGGUGAGUACAAGGUUUUGUAGCGGUGUGGACAAGGUUCUGGCGGUGAGGACAAGGUUGCUGGCGGUAAGGACAAGCUUCCUGCCGGUGAGGACAAGGCUCCUGCCGGUGAGGACAAGGUUCCAGGCGGUGAGCACAAGGUUCGUGGCGAUGAGGACAAUGUUUCUGACGCUGAGGACAAGGUUCCUGGCGGUAAAGACAAGGUUUCUAGCGGUGAGCACAAGGUUUCUAGCGGUGAGGACAAGGUUCCUGGCGGUGAGGACAAGGUUCCCGGCGGUGAGGACAAGCUUCCUGGCGGUGAGGAGAAGGUUCCUGGCGGUAAGGACAAGGUUCCUGGGGGUGAGGACAAGGUUCCUGGAGGUAAGGACAAGGCUCCUGGCGGUGAGGACAAGGUUUUUAACGGUGAAGACAAGGUUUCUAGCGGCGAGAACAAAGUUCCUGGCGGUAAGGACAAGGUUCCUGGCGGUGUGGACAAGGUUUCUAGCGGUGAGGACAAGGUUCGUGGCGGUAAGGACAUGGUUCCUGGCGGUGAGGACAAGGUUCCUGGCGGUUAGGACAAGGUUCCUGGCGGUGAGAAUAAGGUUCCUGGCGGUGAGGACAAGAUUCCUGGCCGUGAGGACAAGGUUCCUGGCGGUGAGGACAAGGUUCCUGGCGGUGAGGACAAGGUUACUGGCGGUGAGGACAAGGUUCCUGGCGGUGAGGUCAAGAUUCCUGGCGGUGAGGACAAUGUUUCUGACUGUGAGGACAGGUUCCUGGCGGUGAGGACAAGGUUCUUGGCGGUGAGGACAAGGUUCCUGGUGGUGAGGAGAAGGUUACUGGCGGUGAGGACAAUGUUUCUAGCGGUGAGGACAAGGUUUCUAGCGGUGAGAACAAGGUUCCUGCCGGUGAGGACAAGGUUCCUGGUGGUGAGGACAAGGUUCCUGGUGGUGAGGACAAGGUUACUGGCGGUGAGGACAAGGUUCCUCGCGGUGAGUACAAGCUUUCUGGCGGUGAGGCCAAGGUUCCUGGCAGUGAGGACAAGGUUCCAGGCGGUGAGGACAAGGUUCCUGGGGGUGAGGACAAGGUUCUUGGCGGUGAGUAGAAGGUUCCUGGCGGUGAGGACAAGGUUCCUGGCGGUGAGGACAAGGUUCCUGGCGGUGAGGACAAGGUUCCUGGCGGUAAGGACAAGGUUCCUGGCGGUGAGGACAAGGUUUCUAGCGGCGGGGACAAGGUUCCUGGCGGUAAGGACAAGGUUCCUGGCGGUGAGGACACGGUUUUAAACCCUUUAGGACAAGGUUCCUGGCGGUGAGAAUAAGGUUCCCGGCGGUGUGGACAAGGUUCCUGGCGGUGGGGACAAGGUUCCUGGCGGUGCGGACAAGGUUCCUGGCUGUGAGGGCAAGGUUACUGGCGGUGAGGACAAUGUUCCUGCCGGUGAGGACAAGUGUACUGACGGUGAGGACAAGGUUCGUGCCGGUGAGGGCAAGGUUACUUGCGGUGACGAGAAGGUUCCUGGCGGUGACGACAAGGUUCCUGGCGGUGACAACAAGGUUCCUGACGGUGAGGACAAGGUUUCUAGCGUUGUGGACAAGGUUUCUGGCGGAAAGGACAAUGUUGCUGGCGGUGAAGACAAGGUUACUGGCGGUGAGGACAAUGCUCCUAGCGGUGAGGAUAAGGUUACUGGCGGUGAGGACAAUAUUCCUGGCGGUAAGGACAAGGUUACUGGAGGUGAGAACAAGGUUCCUGUCGGUGAGAACAAGGUUCUUGGCGGUGACGACAAAGUUCGUGGCGGUGACGACAAGUUUCCUGUCGGUGAGGACAAGGUUUCAGAUGGUGAGAACAAGGUUUCUAGCGGUGAAGACAAGGUUCCUGGCGGUGAGGACAAGGUUCCUGGUGGUGAGGACAAGGUUCCUGGCGGUGAGGACAAGGUUUCUAGCGGUGAGGACAAGGUUUCUAGCGGUGAGGACAAGGUUCCUGGCGGUGAGGACAAGGUUCCUCGUGGUGAGGACAAGGUUACUGGCGGUGAGGACAAUGUUCCUGGCGGAGAGGACAAGCUUCCUGGCGGUGAAGACAAGGUUUCAGACGGUGAGGACAAGGUUCCCGGCGGUGAAGACAAGCUUCCUGGCG